AUGAACAGGCGGGAUCUCCAGAAGGGAUUGUCGGGGGCUCUUUUCAAACCUGAAACUCGUCAAACAGAAGAGCUUGCCCCGAGCGGUCGGUUGCCCAAAGGGCAAUCGCGUAUGGCCCGGUCCCACCUGACCACGCGCCACACAGCCGAGCUUGCAAGCUCGAACCCGAAAUCCGGAACCUAA